AUGGCUGUGAUUGGUCAAAACUUCAUGGGCCGGAACAAGCCCUGUGGGACCAAGCGGAAUAAGAAGAAGGAACAAGCAAGAGGGAAUAAGCAAGAAGACGAAGAAACAAGAGGAAUUGAAGUAUCCCUAAACUUUGCAAAGCCUGUUACCAUUGUAAACCGAGGGUAUUGCAGUGAAGCAGAGUAUCCAAUCAGUCGUUAUCCUGUUCCUAAUCAGGAUGAACUCCCACAAGAUAUGCAAGAUCUCAUCAAUGAAGUAGCAGAGAAGUCUGGCUUUGUACCAAAUGUCUUCAAAGCACUCGCCCAUCGGCCUGAUGAAUUCCGUGCCUUCUUCAUGUAUUAUGAUGCACUCAUGGCCAAAGAGACAGGAUCCCUCACUAAAGCAAAUAAAGAGAUGAUUGUUGUGGCAACCAGCUCCCUCAAUAACUGCUUGUAUUGCGUUAUAUCACACUCGGCACUGUUCAGGAUCUACUCCAAGAAUCCUACUCAAGCUGACCAGGUUGCUGCCAAUUGGGAGUGUGCAGAGUUGGAUUUAAGACAACGAGCAAUUGUAGAGUUUGCAAUCGCUGUCUGCAAGUCAGAGACAAUCACCGAGGAACAUUUCAAGAAACUCGAUUUCUCCUGGUUAUUAAUCCCGGCGGGUUUUUAG